AAGGAUCAAUUACAAACUCACUGAACAGUUAUGUCCUAUGUGCCCCCUUUUACGUCACUAAAGUAGGAAAUCGGCUUCAAUUACUUAAGCCUUUUUAUUAUGCACAGCCUAUCUAUUUAAUCAGUUUUUAUUUUUACACUAAACUGUUCCUUUAAAUAUUUCUGUUGUGAAUCUACUUCCUAGGACUUAGCUGAAUGACAUCACAAAGACUGUGACAAUGAUUGUGACAUCACAAUGCUGCCCACCUGCCCUUUAGGCUCUCAGGCUGUACAACUGGCAGAACGUUGUUAGCUACAAGAAGUGAUGGAUCUCACAUACUUGUUGCUCUUAUUUUAUCUUUUUAUUUCAUCUUUUCAUUUUAAAAUGCAUCAAUAUCAACUCAUCUACUGGAUUCUUGUCUGCAGCUGCUUAAUCCCCCAUGUAGUUUAUGGAAAUGGAAUGAACCAGAUGGAAGAGCCUCUCUAUAAUGGAGACAGUUACUGGGAUGUUGAGGCCUCUGACGUCCUACAGUUCAUCUGCGCUGAUGUUUUACUGUGGCUUUUCCUGGUUUGGUUAUAUUUCCGGAACAGCGGAGAACUGACACUCUCAGCUUUUUUCUUGCUCUUAAUUGUGAAAAUGGGAGGAGUCCUUCUGUCCUGCUGGGGGUUAAUCUCCAAUAUGUUGGAUCAGGGCUACAGAAGCGCCCAUUCAAGCCAAGUGAUUCCUCCAGAGGCCGAGCAAGAAGCCACCCAGGCAUUUAAUAGCCUACAAAGCCUUUACAUCAGCAAUGUUGUGGUGUUUUCCCUGAGUAUUGUUGGGCUACAUCUGCAGAGCAAGGAGAAUAGAAGACAUCUGAUAGAUAUUGGCCAUACUGUCAUGUUGACUACAGCAUCAGUCAUAUCAGCAGCAGUUUGUGCCAUAUGCUCUGUACUUUCUUUGGUGAGCAUGUUGGUAAAGGCACCAGCCAACAAAAAUGAACAACCAGCCAACCAAACAAAGAAAGCUGCCAAAAAGAAAAGAAAAAGGGUCAUAACUCAACCAGAACCACAACCCACAGUCUGCACAGAUUCUGCACAGGAGAUUGUGGAGCCAAUAAAGUCUGUGCAAGAGAAUGUGGAGCCAGAAGACUUUACUCAUGAAGAACUAGUCCCAUUAAAUUCUGCAAUCAUAGAUGUUAAGCAAGAAAUGUUGCUUGUAGAUGAUUGCAGUGAAGAGAUUGGUGAAGUUGGCCAUGAAGAUAUUCCCAGGGCAAAACCUUGUAUGAGGAAUAGUUGUAUCUAUAAUGAGGAUUUAGAGAUCACUGUUCUGACUACAGAACCCACUGAGAGCCAAGAAACAGAAGUGGUCUCUUUUCCUGAGGAGAAGCAGAAGAAGAAGAAGAGGAAUAAGAUCACCUGCUUCUUCAAAUUCAUUCAAAAUCUCAGGGACACCAGAAAGAAGAAGAGCGGGAAAUCCAAGAAAAGACAAAUUCUCACAAACCUCACAUCAUGUUUCCAGUGCCGUUCUGUGGAACCUGAUGAUCCCUAGACCGGAGGCACCAGACAUUACAGCCGAUUGACUUUAACCAAAGUUAUUCAAGUCUUCCACUGCCUGUACCAUGGGAAAUAUUAUUCAAUUCCAUUGCUGGAUAAAAGAAUAUAAGCAGAACUUAUUGUCUUAUAGUUCUACAAGACUGAUCUACUGGUGACCAACCAACGGCCAAUGGAUACCUGACAAUCUCCCAUUUUGGGAAACCCUCAAUAUUCCCUCCCCCCCAACAAUCUCUUCCAAAAUAUUUAUUUUUAUAUAAAUCUUUUUACUAUAUAUUAUUUAUGAAUAAAAUGUCUAUGUAUGAAAAUGAAUGAGAUGGAAUCAGAAACCUUUCUUUGUAUGUUGAGAGAAAUGAUGGGAAUGAAUAACAGUGUCGCCUUCUAGUGAACGGGUUUCUUCUAAGCAGAACAAUCAUGUAAGGCAGUUACAGUCAAGAUUUUUUGGGGUUCACGUGUGGCCCCUAAAUAUUUUUAAAAGAGAUGUCUUGUCAUCUGACCUGAGAGUUUGAUAAGCAGAUUAAAGGGCAAAUUCUAUGUCUCCAUGCAAAGAGUUCUCAGCUCAGACAGAGGCACAGAAGGCAGUUGAGAUUUAUUACAAAUGUUUAAAAAUAUAUAUCAUAGGGUACUUAUGUGCAGAGGGUACAACUGCUGUCUUGUUCCAUGCACCCGGGUGUCUCCUGCAGUCAUUGGGAUGGGUACAUGAUGGGUUUAGCAGAUUCAGUGCUAGGUACAAAGUAGGGAUGCACUGAAUCCAGAAUUCGG